AUGGCACUCCGUGUUCAUCUCGUGUUGUUGUCGGUGCUCUUCUUCGCGAUCACCACCACCGUCUUCUCAGCGGUCGUCCCGGUCGUCCCAGCCACGUCUGACGACACAGAUCAAGCUUCACUCAACAGACUGCUCAAUCCGCCACCGACAGUCGACAGUCUACAAUGCAAGGCCAGCACGCAACGCAUGCGAUGUUACGGCGGGCCUCUCGUCACCAUCCAGGUCUGCGCCUCACAAUGUUCGUGUGAAGGAGGCCGAAUCUCCUGUUCCAGAUUCAGCCACUGCGACGACAGUUCCAUGGACACCUUCUGCGGCUCUCUCUGUAGCUGUGGCCUCGCGCCCGGCGUGAAGAGCGGAUCCGGUGUAAAGAAAGACAUCAUUAGCCACCGCUACUCAACAACACGUAAAUCCUACCCGGACGAUGAUGACGACCUUGAAAACGACGACGAACUCCCUGUGACUGGCCGGGGUAAGAGGGUGGCUUCCUACCUGGAACGAUGA